GUCACGGAGAAAACCCGCUUAACCCGUCACCCGCUUAACAGGUCCGCUCGAUACCUGAUUGACCUCGGAAGAUGACAGGCGGAUUUCAACGGAUUGGUGGCCUUUUCUAUCUGGUUGAUCGGAACAGCACGACUUUCCAGCGGCCUGAAGAUGUUCCGAAUUAUAUUAAUGAAGCGAUCCCGGCGUUUAUGUCCCUCGUGGUGGUAGAGUGGCUGGUGACGAAGGCAAAACAGGAACCUCAAAUCCGUCUUAACGACUGUAUCACUUCAUUCUCCCAUGGAAUCAUGCAGACUGCAUUAGGGGUGCUGGUUCGUGGCCUCCUUCUGUUCGGGUAUGGGUGGGCGUACCAGUGGCGUCUCUUCGACCUGGACUGGACUUCCCCCUUGACCUGGUGGUUGGCUGCUCUGGGGAUCGACCACGGGUACUACUGGUUCCAUCGAGCCGCUCAUGAGAUAAACUUCAUCUGGGCGAGCCACCAAGUCCACCAUUCCUCAGAAGACUACAACCUCUCCACUGCCCUCCGUCAGUCGAUGCUUCAGCGCUAUUUCUCCUUCGCGUUUCACCUUCCCCUGGCUCUCGUGGGCGUCCCUCAAGCGGCUGCCCUGGUCCACAUGCAAUUCAAUCUCUUGUAUCAGUUCUGGAUUCACACGGAGCUGGUCGGGAAGUGCGGGCCGCUGGAGUGGAUUCUGAACACCCCGUCUCAUCAUCGGGUACAUCACGGAGCGAACAAAUGGUGCUUAGACAAGAACUAUGCGGGCGUCCUUAUAAUAUGGGAUCGAUUAUACGGAACGUUUGAGGCGGAGCGGGAAGACGAGGCCAUUGCUUACGGAUUGGUCAGCCAACCGCAGUCACUCAAUGUCCCUUGGCUUCAGUUCUUCUACUUCGGCGCAGUGUUCCAGAAGGCUCGGAGCAUGAGCACCUGGGGCAACGCCCUCCGCGCCCUCUUCUACGGGCCCGGCUGGUUCCCCGGGACGCCCCGCCUCGGCGACCCCGACACCUUCCCUGACGUCCGGGCGCCGAGGGCCAAGUACGACCCUCAGCUUCCUCUGUGGCAGGAGGUGUAUGUGGUCGUGCACUUCCUAGUCGUCUUGAUACUUAACAAUACCUUCAUAUCGCAGAGUGCGACUUUCUCGAUGACGACCGUCUUGAUAUUCUUCGGGUUCAUCUUCCUCUCCAUCGGAAUCAUCGGCGCCAUGUACGACGGCUGGUGGUGGGCGCCGCUGGUCGAGGCCGCCCGCUGCGCCGCUUACGUGGCCUACGCCAGCGUCACGCCCGUCACCAAGAUCGCUAUGCUGGACAACACCCUCAUCGCCUACUUUGCGCUGUCGACCUUAAUGUGGGUCUCUCAGAGCUUGGCCGUCAUCAGAGCCUCUGUCGAAGCCGCGAAGAAGGACUGAGAAAUUCUAUCUGUGA